AUGGCGACUCCCAACCCGCGGGCCCUGCGAGAGCAGCGGCAGAGGAUCCUGGAUGCCUUCCGCGCCGCGCUGCCCGAGUCCAACGACCUCAGCGAGGGCCAGGUGAAAAUCUUGCUGAAGGCACUGGGAGUGGAACUCAGUGAUGAGCGCUUGAAAGGGAUGGUGGCAGCGGCGUCCAAUGGCAGCGGCAAGGUCACCUAUGAGCAGUUCAUCAGCUGGAUGUUCGGCUGCGAAGACGCGCCGCCCGCGCCGCCGGGACUGCCGCCCGGACUGCCGCCCGGCGCCCCGCGUCCGGGCGCGGCCGGGGCCGCGCCGGCGGCGGAUGACAGGGGGCCAUCGAAGGUGCUGGAGACAAAGAGGAGCUUGCAGAUCAUCGAGGCCUCGGUCCGUGCGCAGCUCCAGCAGAUUCUGGAACAGCACCCCUACGUGGAGAGUGGUGGUGCUGCCUCGCGGCACCCUGCCCAACCCUUCGUCGAGAACUGCCGGAAGUGCUUGGAACUGGGGAAGUACGAGCAAGCCCAGGAGGCGCGCCGCACCGCACACAGGCGGCGGGACGGCGCGGGCGCGAAGAGUUUGGGGGCGAAGGGUGGACACCUUUUGGCCGAAGGGAAGGAAGAGUUUAAUCUCUUUUGGGGCGGAAUGGGUCAGGACAUGACCACCGUGUUUUCCACCUGGCAGGUGGCGCCGUGUGUCAUGGCCCUGCCGCGCUGGGUGUUGCUGACCGAGGCCACUGGCUGGGAUGCUGAACGCCAGGACUACCGGUUCUCUCAGCAGCCUCUGCAGAUGCCUGGGCGUGUGACGCUGAACUUCCAUGUAGGUGGCAGUGGCGCAUCUGCCCAAGAUGGGCAGAGGAGGAAAGCUUCGAAGUCCAGGAGCUUCUUUCACAUUGCCCAGGUGGACGAUCCGAGCUUCUGCUUGCUCCCCGAUGCCAGUGGUGCAGCGACGCAGCUUGGGCUCCGGGAAGGGGAGCUUGUGCGCGUGAGGGUGCACCGUGGAGGUGCGAGCCGGCCCUUCUUUUGGAUCAAGGAGCCUGUGGGGACCUCUGUGACGCUCCAGUUGGACCCUGACGGCCACGCUUCCGACGUGCUGAUGCUCUCCUACCUGCGAGCGGAGGACCAGGCGGCGCCGGCGGCGCCGGCGCCGGCGGCCGGGCCGCCCAUCGAUGGGUCAACAGCCGAGAGAGAGUGCAUGGAACCAUUGGUGUUGGUUUGCGAAGCCAACAACUGGGCAGUGGACGCCCGGUACUACUUCACUGCCUCGGGUGGUAUGAACCAAGCUGGUGGUGCUCGCGCGCGUCAGCAGCUGCAAUUACAUUUGGCGAAGCCCAAGGAAACCGAGAAGGAUGGGACACCGUUGCCCAUCAGCUGGCAAUUCGCUUUCGUUCACCUCACCUUCCAAAUCCUCAGCGCGACCGAGCAAGGCUGGCGCCUGGUUCCGGCCGCGGCGCCUCACGUUUGGAGCUCCGACAGCGUGGUGGCUCCGUCGUCGUCGUGCCCGCUGGCCUGCAGCCGGGCAGAGGCACACGAGGCCUUUCACGGCCGGGACUUUCAUCUGGUGGAGCCGCAUGGCACGCUGGUGACGCUCUGGGUGGAGCUCUGGAGACCUGCUGGAGAGAAGGACCGCCUUCAGGCGCAGAUUUGGUACGAGCCCCGUGCACCGCCCAUCGCGGCGAACGGAGCAGCGCUCCUGGCGGCGCCCAUGGCGGCGGAUCGACAGCCGGCGAGCGAAGAGCAAGUGCUGACGGCCCUGCAGUGCCAGGGGAUGAGCUUUCACGAAGCGCAAGAGACUUGGAGGAAGGUGAUGAGGUUGCGAUGCCCUGAGUGGUGGCAAGAGUGGGCCAGGAGAGCCAACCAUUUCGAGAGGAAGAUCUCCAAGCUCUCCCGCCGAAGCGCCGCUUCGCUCGGCGCGGAGGAGAGCGUCCUCUCUCCCUCCGCGCCGAGCGCCGUGGAGGGCGAGGGCGGCACGAAGGUCUCCAAGGAGGUGGCCGUUGAGGUGGUGAACAAGCUGGCGGAGGCGCUGCGAAGCCACCAGGCCACCCUGAACAGUUGCCUUCGCGAGUCCACGGUGCCGUUGUCACUGGCGGAGCCGUUUCCUUUCAUGCCGCCGCGUGCCAUCCGGGCUGUGAGCCUCAGCGUUGAGAAGGUGCUACCCACCCACGACCUGGGCCUCCACGACCUUUGGGCGGCCUGCGCGCGGGAGUGGCACCAUCCGGAGGUGCGUGAAAGCUUGGAAGCCUUGCGCAAGGUCCUUCAGGGCUCCAAGAUCUCAGCUUCUUCGGGCGGCAAGCAGUUGGCCAUGCGCUCGGGGGGAGAGCAACUGGCUGCCUGUGGCACACAACUUUUGGUGGGCAUGCGUGUGAUGCUUCGCUGGCAGCCAGGAAGUGUGGGAUCCACGCACUUGGCCUACUUGAACGGACACGUCGGUGUCAUCAACUCCUGGGACAGCAGCUCGCGGCGCUGGCAGGUCGGCUUCGAGACCUUCGACGGGCACCUGGACGUGGCAGCAGAGCAUUUGCAGGUUUGGGCAGCUGAAAAGGCCUCAAAAGCUUCCAAACCACAAGAAGCGGCAAGCUGCGAGAUGUGUCUGGGGCGCUUCCUGGAAUCACAGGUGGUAAUGCUGCCGUGCCCCGAGAAGCACGGCUAUUGCGAGACGUGCCUGCGCAAGUGGAUCCUCACACAGCUGGUGCCUCGCUGCUACAAGUGCUUGGAUGAACUCUCCGUCUUGGCUUUGCCACAAGGAGCUUCGGAACCUUGGUGCGGCUUGGUCACCAGUGAGGCUCAGGCCAGCGCCGCCUACCGCAUUGGCAAGGAGGACAUCGAGCAGUUGAGCUGCAUGUGCUGCUUCGACGUCAGCUGCGGCGCGCGCUGCGUGAUCAUUGGCUACCCGGGCCUCGUCGGGGAGCGCUGCGUCGUCGGACGGGUUGAGAAGACCAAGACGAGAUCCUUUGCGGUGGUCUACCUGUCCAAUGGCCGCAGGCAUGAAAUGGAUCUGGGCUGUUUGGAGGUGGACGACUGCCUCUCUUCCGGGCGCCAGGCACGGGGCGAGACGUGCCCCUCCAAGAGCGAACGCUUGGGCUUGGGCUUGAGCGUGGCAUCCUUGGGCUGUGCCUGCGUGGUGAAACAAGCCAUGGAUGAGAUGUUCGUGGAGCAGCUGGCCAUGCCCUUUGAUUGGUUGGUCACUCGCGUGGAAGGCGUGCUCUACUUCUUCCGGCACCACUUCCGCGACUUUACCCACUACGACGACGUGCAGGUGGUGGGUGAGCACGGCUUCACCUCAUUCCGCUCGGCCUACCACGCUUUUCCACACCACGACCUGUCCACGAGCACGGCGCGUGAAGCGUUCCAACGACGAGCGGAGCGGAUGAUGGACUUGGUGAUCUCCUGCAGAGAGGCGUCGGCACGACCGCUGCUGUUGGUGCGCGUUUGCGCGAGGUCGGAGGAGUUGGAUCAGAGUGAGGAGCUCUAUCACUUGUUGCGCCUUCUGGGUGGGCAGAAGGUCUUUCUGCUGGUGGUGAUCACAGAGCAGAUUCAAAAUCUGGGGGCUGUUCAGCACAUUAGGCUGAGCAACUUGAUCCUCUACGUGUGCAAGGUCGGCUCCGCUGACCUUGUGGAUGCCGUGCGUUUUGGGAUGGACUACGUCUACAUGGCGGUGGCCUUUGGGCGGCACACCUUGGAUGCUGCCAAAGCUAUUAGCCCAGUGUCGCCAGUGCCAGAUGCGGCCACGUUGCGGCAGAUGUUGAAGCCCCACAAGCAUUGGCUCACGCGCGACCGGCGGGGCCUGUCGCCCACCUCGGACCUGGAGGGCUGCUUCGAGACCGGGCCCGGGCGCUUCUUUCCGGGGCGCUUCCGCGGCGGCGGCGCGUCGCCGUACUAUGACCAGGAUCUGGAGAAGAUGGUUCUCAGCUCGACGGCUGCGGACCUGGCAUCCUUCCUGACGGGAAAGAGCCUUCAGGUGAACGCUUGGAAUUCCGCGGGUGAGACGGUGCUCUGGAAAGCCUUCCAGCGUGGAGACCUUGACAUCUUGGCGCUGCUCUUGCUCCAAGCUGCCGACCCGAACGCCAGCACCGGCGUCCGUCGCGCGGUGGCCGCCGAGGGCAGUGCCGGCGGUGCGGCGCGGCGGUUGCUGCGGCUGGCGGCUGGGCAACCCAUGAGCUUGGCGAAAGCCUAUGAGACGCUUCAAGAGGUCUCCGAGCCGCAUCGGCGGCUGCUGUGUGGUCGCCUGGGUGCUUUCAUGCCGCCGGAGGUGUUCGUGGCAGCAGAUGGAGGCGGUGCCCGCGCGAGCGCUGUGGCACAACUGCUCUUCGCGGCGCCAACGGUGUCCGCGGCCAAGGGCGUCCGGGGUGGCUACGAGGCGUUGCAAGAGCUGCAGAGGAAUGCGGGCAAACCGCUGGAGGCUCGUCGGCAAGUCUUGCGCCAGCUGCUCCGAAGCUGGCAUCCGGACAAGCAUCAAAGUGCUAGCCUGCAGCAGCAGGAAGAGGCCAAUCAGAUCUUCUGCUUCAUCCAAAAGCUCCGCGACGUCUUCCUCCAACCUUCGCCCGGAUGA